AUGAAACACGUUCCCCCUCGGGAGCCCACAGUCACGUGCCGAUCCAACACCUACCCCAAAGGAUUCUACUGCAGCUGGCACCAGCAGCGCCCGACGUUCAUCCCCACCACGUUCGAGGUGGACGUGCAACAUAACCAGCGCUCACUGGAAGUGCAGAAAGACGCGGUCCACAAGAAUCGCUGUCAUGUGCGGUUUCCAGAGGUUUUUUCCAGCUUCCCCUACAUGGUUAACGUGACAGCGAUCAACGCCUUGGGGAAAGCUUCCACCACCGUUUCCUUUGAAGAGUCCAGCAUAGUAAAACCCGACCCCCCUGAGCGUGUGACGGCGACCCCGAUUCGUCUCAACACCAGGAGACUGGAGGUGUCCUGGCAGAGCCCGGCCACCUGGCCCGACAUAGACAACUUCCCUCUGAAGUACUUCCUCCGAUACCGGCCGCUCAUCCGAGAGCAGUGGCAGCACUGUUUCACUUUGGUUGGUUCAAAUUAUGGAAGUGUUCUUUUCAUUCGAUUACCUACACCCGUUUGA